UGCUUUUCCCUCUUCAUCUGAUUUGGCAGUUGGCAGUUGAACCGAACGCACGUGAAUUUGCGAAUUGUCGCACAGUAACGGUAUAAACGAAAAAAAAGCAACAACACACUCGUGGUGAGAACGUAAACAAACUGUAGAAGAGAUUUUUAUGCGUGUCGUUGUGGUUCUAAGAAUAAGAAUAACGGAAAGUGAUUGUUUGAAAAAGAAAAAUCAACAAAACUAAAGACUCAAAGAAUGAAAAAAAUAUAUCAAAACAGAACAAAACAAAACUAAACAAAAAUUCAAUAAUCUAAAGAAACAAGAAACAUCAAAAACAUACCUUUGUUUUGCUAAUUAAUUUGCGCUCGAUACCAGAAAAGAAAAACCCAAGAAAAAACAAAAGAAAAGACAACAAAAGGAAAAUAUCACAACAUGAAAGCAAGUAGUAACUCUCCUUAAGCUGUUGACGUUAUGUCAAUGAAGUGUUGUAAGUCGUCUACCUUAUAAGGAAAGAAAGAGUAGAAAAAAAAGGGGAUUGCAUUUCAUUGGGCCUUUCCCAAAAACAAAAAAAAAAACAACAAGUGUUUACAAUUGGAGUUGUGUGUUGGUGGUGUUGUUGUCCCGGGGUUUCUCCAAGAAAAAAAAUAGUUGUUGUUGUUGUGGUCAGUUAAUGGUGUUGGCGUUUAUUACAAAAAAAAAAAAAAAACAACAAACUACAAUUAGCGCUGAAUAAAAUUAUUAUUGUUAACGCCUAUGUCAAUAUUGCACGCCUAGCUGCUCAAAAUUGUUGUCCAGAUUUUAAUGAAGCAUUUUAAUGCCACAGACACGUCGUUGCAUCUGAAGCGUAAAGUAAUUCGAGAUAUUAUCGAAAUAAAUACAACAACAAAAGGAGGAAUAAAUCUCUCAACACUUGGUUUAUUUUUCGUAAAGCCCAUAUGAUUUCUGGAAGUGAAACAAGAACAAGAAACAAUAUCCCGUGGCAUUUCUAUAUUUAGAUCUUCAUAACAAAAAAAAAAAAAAAAAAACCAAAAAAGACUUCUUUUCUUGCCAAUCGUUGCUUUUGCCAGGUAUUUAAUACCCUUUGUCAUCAUCCAACACCACACCACACCAACCAACCAUCCUCCUUAUCAUCGCCAUGGAAUUGACAUCGUUGAAUCAAACAAAAGAUGUUGAGUUUCAGGACGUCUACUAUACCGUAACACAAAAGAAAAACUUUGUUAAAGUUAUUGGAAAGCGCCAAAUCUUAAAAGGUGUUAGCGGAAGCUUUCGCAAUGGCCAGCUAUCGGCCAUUAUGGGUCCGUCGGGUGCCGGCAAGAGUAGUUUACUCAAUGCCAUUUCGGGAUAUGUAACUUCUGGUGUGGACGGCCUAAUAAGUAUUGAUCGUAAACAUUCCUGUUACAUUACCCAAGAGGAUCAUCAUCAAACUUUACUCUCUGUCGAGGAGUUAAUGAAUCUUGCCUGUGAUCUCAAAUUAAAGCGUAGCCAUCAACAGAACAAAACGGAAUUGAUAGCGGAAAUAUUGGAUAGUUUAAAUUUGAAUCAUCGCCGUAAUGUGAAUGCCAAUGAUUUAAGUGGUGGUGAGAGGAAACGUUUAUCGGUGGCCCUGGAAUUGGUGGCAAAUCCGAAAAUAUUUUUUCUCGACGAACCAACAAGUGGUUUGGAUGAAGUAACUGCGGCUCAGUGUAUACGUUUGCUAAGAUCUCUAGCCCAACGGGGCCAUACCGUGGUUUGUACAAUACACCAACCCUCGGCCACCAUUUUCAAUUAUUUCGAUAAUGUUUAUGUUUUGGCCAAGGGCAAAUGUGUUUAUCAAGGUUCACCGAGGGCCUUGGUUUCCUAUCUCAGUCAUGCCGACAAGAAGUGUCCCAAACAUUAUAGUCCACCGGAUUAUAUCAUUGAGUUGUGUGAUUUUGAGGACCCUCAAGUGGUAUCGACCCUUAGCGCCCUUGUGGACAAUGGCAAGCUGCGUUACACGGCCCAGUGUGAUCAAGAAUACUCAUCGUUUGCCAUGAAAAAUGGCAAUUGUGAUAGUCACAGUUUUAUGCCGUUUCGUCAGGCUUUAUUUUCUCUCUUUCCCGAAUCUCCACCAACGAAAUCGUUAUCUUCAAUCUUCACAACAAACGCCAAGAGUAACGGUAGCAAUCCACUACUGGAUGGUGGUAAAGUAGUAUUGCUGAGUCAAGCUAAAACUCUACUCCGACAAUUGUCUACUACGGAUCGUGAAGUGGAUCACAUAUCAAGUUUUCAACAAUUCUCAGUGCUUUUGCAUAUUUUGUUUUUGAGGAUUUUGCGAGCCCGUAUACCAAUUUUUAUACAAAUCUUUCACCAUGUCAUGGUGGGAUUGUUGUUUGGUGUCCUGUAUUUCAAGCGUGGCAAUGAAGGUUCGGAAUUUUUCUCCCAUCUGAAAUAUUGCAUCAGUGUGAUUGUUAUGAUAACCUAUACUCAGACAAUUAUACCGGUUAUUAGCUAUCCUUUGGAGGUGAAAAUCGUCAAGAAACAAACUUUCAAUCACUGGUACUCCCUCUCAACAUAUUUCAUGGCCCUGUGUAUGAGUCGUAUGCCGCUGCAGGUAUUCUACAAUGUAAUAUUUCUUACACUAAGCUAUUGGAUGACAGGGUUUCCAUGUCAAUGGUGGCGUUUUGCAAUAUUUGUGGGAGUUGGGAUUAUGGUGUCACUGGUGGCCGAGGGAUUGGGUCUGACAAUUGGAGCGGCCCUAAGUAUAACGAACGGUUCCGUUUUCGGUCCCAUGAGCAUUGCUGCCUUUAUGGGCUUGGCAAUAUAUGGCUUCGAUUUUGCCGGACAAAUUUCGCCAGCCAUGGAUUGGUUCAUGAAAAUCAGUUUUAUGCGUGACGGUGUUGUGGCCCUGGUCAUAACCAUAUUCGGUUAUGGUCGUGACAUUUUAGAUUGCGGUGAAAUCUAUUGUCACUUUAGUAAUCCACGGGUGUUGUUGAAGUUUUUAAAUCUGGAUAAUGUCAGUGUUCUCCAUCAAAUUUUGUACUUAUUUGUAUUGUUUAUUGCCUUUAGAGUAUCAUUGUUUAUAUCUUUGUGGAGACGUUGUAAGACAUGAGAGUUUUUUCCUGUAAAUAUCGUAUGCUUAAAUAUGGGUGUAUGGGCGGGUAAUUUUAACUGUGAUAAUCAUUAAGUGAACAUUUUUUUAUAUAUAUAUUUUAUAUAGCAUAUACUCCAGUGAGAAAAUAACAUAUGCUUAAAAUAGA